GUCAGUCUUGCUUUAACUUUUAAGGGAAAUGUUCCUACAUUCUUAGUUAUCACGCAAGAACUUUGAAAUUUGGAUGUUCUCAAUGAAUUAUGCUACAGAAUGAACUAUCUGCGUCGUAGGCUUUCUUGUCAACCUCCAGCAACUUCCCUCUUCACCUGCUUCCUGUCUGUGCAGUCUAGAUACCCAGUAUCGGCCUGAGACACAGGAAUGAGUCAUCCUCUGCCCAAACAGGUGGCAGUGGUCACACCCGCAGAAACAGUGUGAGGCAGGUUGCUGGCAGCACAAUAUAUAGCUCCAGGGGAAAAAGUCCAGUGACAGAGCAGCAUGGCUUCUGACAGAGGUCCUUCAGCUGGAGAUGCUACCUCGAGGAGAAGAAUUGAACCCUGGGAAUUUGAAGUCUCCUUUGACCCUCGAGAACUCUGUAAAGAGACCCGUCUGCUCUAUGAAAUCAAGUGGGACAAGAGCCAGCGCGUCUGGCGACACUCGGGCAAAAACACCACCAAGCACGUUGAAUGCAAUUUUAUAGAAAAAGUUACUUCAGAAAGAAGUUUUCACCGAUCCGUCAGCUGCUGCAUCAUCUGGUUCUUGUCCUGGAGUCCCUGCUGGGAAUGCUCCAAGGCUAUUCGGGAAUUUUUGAAUCAGCAUCCUAGAGUGACCCUGCGUAUUUACGUAGCACGGCUUUUCCAGCACAUGGACCGGCGAAACCGGCAAGGACUCAGAGACCUGAUUCGCAGUGGUGUGACUAUCCAGAUUAUGCGACCCACAGAGUAUGAUUACUGCUGGAGGCAUUUUGUCAACUACCCACCUGGGAAAGAAGCUCACUGGCCAAGAUACCCGCCUCUGUUUAUGAAGCUGUAUGCACUGGAACUCCACUGCAUAAUUCUAGGUCUCCCUCCCUGUUUAAAUAUUUCAAGAUAUCAGAAUCAGCUGACCUUGUUCAGACUUAUUCCUCAAAAUUGCCAUUACCAAAUGAUUCCACCCCAUAUCCUUUUACAUACAGGGUUGAUACAACUUCCUUUGACUUGGAGAUGAAUAGAGUAUAUACUGUUUCAUGAACAGGAACUGAUGGCCCACUAAAGAGUACCAUUAGAAUCGAGAAAUUUUACGUUUGCAUUUCUAUACACUAACAACAUGUUAUCUGGAAAAGAAAUUUAAAAAAAAAAUCCCAUUUAUAGUAGCAAUGAAAAAUGAUAAAAUACUUCGGAAUUAAUUUGACCGAGGAGGUGAAAGAUCUGUACACUGAAAUCUACAAGAGAGAUUGAAGAAGACACAAACAAAUGGAAAGACAUCCGAUGGUCGUGGAUGGAAGAAAUAAUAUUGUUAAAAUGUCUCUACUGUACAAAGGCAUCUAUAAAUUCAAUGCAGUCCCUAUCAAGAUUCCAAUGGUAUUUUUUACAGAAAUGAAAGAAAAAUCCUAAAUUUCAUAUGGAGCAACAGAAGACCCUGAAUAGCCAAAGCAAUCCUUAUGUAUCUGAAGGAAAUGAAAUCAUUUUCUCAAAGAAAUAUCUGCACUUCUGUGUUCAUUGUAGCAUUAUUUACAAUAGCCAAGACCUGAAAACAAUCUAAGUAUCCACCAACAGAUGAAUGGAUAAAGAAGAUGUGGUAUAUAUACAUAUAUACACACACAAUGGAAUAUUAUAUAGCCAUAAAAAGGAAGAAAAUCCUGCCCUUUGCAACAACAUAGAAGAAACUUGAAGGCAUUUUGCUCUUUGAAAUAAGUCAGAGACAGACAAAUACUAUAUGAUCUCACUAAUAUGUGGACUCUUAAAAAAAUCUGACCUCAAAAAAAAAAAAAAAAUCUGACCUCAUGGAAAGAGACAAAAUUAGUGGUUGCCAGGGACAGGAGUGAAAGUGGUCAGAGGGUAGAAACUUUCAGUGUUGUUUUUUGGGUUUUUUUGACUACACCAUGCGGCUUGUGGGAUCUUAGUUCUCCAACUAAGGAUUAAACCCAGCACUCGGCGGUGAGAGCGCAGAGUCCUAACCACUGGACCGCCAGGGAAUUCCUGGACAAACUUUCAGUUUUAAGAUGAACAAAUUCUGGGGAUAUAAGGUACAGCAUGGUGAUUAUAGUUUAUACUGUAUUGUGCAAUUGAAAUUUUCUAAGAGUAGAUCUUAAAUGUUCUUGCCAUACACAAAGAGGUGUAAGUCUGUGUGGUGAUGAAUGUGUUAACUUACCUUAUUGUAGUAAUCAUUUUGCAAUAUAUACAUAUAUCAAAUCAUUACGUUGUACACCUUAACGUAGUGGGGCUUCCCUGGUGGCACAGUGGUUAAGAAUCCACCUGCCAAUGCAGGGGACACAGGUUCGAUCCCUGGUCGGGGAAGAUUCCACAUGCUGCGGAGCAACUAAGCCCAUGGGUCACAACUACUGAAGCCCGCGCACCUAGAGCCCGUGCUCUGCAACAAGAGAAGCCACGACGAUGAGAAGCCCACGCAUCACAGCGAAGACCCAACACAGCCCAAAAUAAUAACAAAUAAAUAAAUUAAUUAAUUAAAAAAAAGACUUACACAAUGUUAUGUCUCAAUUAUAUUCAAUAAUACUGGGGGGAAAAGAGAUUAAAACAAAAGAAUAUAGAAAUUUUCACAAAUAACAGUAUCACGGAUAGCAUUAUCUACUGCUGUAUCACAAAUUACCCCGCUACUUUGCAGGCUGAAAACAACAAUAAAUAUUUACUAUGUCACAGUUUCUCUGGGUCAGGAAUUCAGGAGUCCCUUACUGUGUUCGUGUCUCAGGAUAUCUCAGGAGGUUGCUGCCAAGCUGUCAGCCAGGAUUGCAGUCAUCUCCAGCCUUGACAGAGGCUACAGAAUGUGCUUCCCGGGUGGCAUACACACGUGGCUGCGAGCGGGCACCCGUGGAUGGUGGGAAGUCUCAGUUUUUCAUCAUGUAGGCCUCUGCACAGGGAUGCUUAAAAGUCCUCAUGACUUUGUGGCUGGCUUCCUACAGAGCAAGUGGCCUAAGACAGACCAGGGCAGAAUUUGCCAUGUCUUGGAAUCAUACACUAUUUCUUCUGCAGUGUUCUUGGGUCACACUGGCCAGCUACAAUUCAAUGUUGAGUGGGGGGAACCACACAAGGACUUGAAUCCCAGGAGAUGAGAAUCAUUGGAGGCCAUCUUUGGGUUUGACCUGUAGGGACAUUUGCUGUGACUUCAGGACAAAUAAUUCCAUGGAGCCAAUUUCUCAGAAGAUGCUAAAGGGAAACAAAGGACAAAGUAGCAUCUAAAUACAGAAAAGGGUUAUUUCUCGCUCCCGUUGCGAGUCUAAUGUUAUUUGGGUGGAACGUUUUUGCUCUCUGUGGUUACUCAGGGACCUCAUUUUCUACCAUCUGGUGACUCCACCAUCUCCUAUGGCCUUGAAGUCCUCUGCUGAAUUCUCUACGCUCAGCUGGCCCACAGGAGAGAGAGAGAGACAGAGGCGCACAGAGAAGGAAAGCAUUAAAGCAGUGUGAAAGGGUUUUUUUUAGAAUCAAGGACUGGAAAUGGCAAACGUCACUUCUGACCUGAUUCCUCUAAGCCAAAAUCAGACCAGUGACCCCACCCAGCUUUAAGGGAGGCUACAAAACACAGUCCAGCCACGUGCCCUGGAAGGAGAGGAAAUGGGGUUUGGUUGAACACAUGACGUGUCUGUACAAGGAGGAAACUAGGAAACAGAAACUUUGUGGCCAGGGUCAGAUAGGCAGUACCACGGCAGAAAUGAAACUAAAAGGCAGUGUGCUGUGGUUUUGUUUUCCUUUCCUUGGCAUUCAGAAUAUGCUGGUAACCAAAACAUGACCGCUUUUCAGAAUGGGCUAAGGCUGCUCAGUCGUUCGCCUGGCUUGCCUUCCUGGGGUGGCAUGGGGAUAAGGCGGUCUUCUCUGGGAGGCAUAAGUAGGGGCUGCCACCUUAUUAGAUGUCUGUGUGAAGACUGUCUGUGCAUAUUUAAAAACUGCUGUGGAGGAGUUAGCGACAGGGAGGGCGAGGGCCCUGGGCUUAGUUUUGGGGGAGGAGGUGGCCAGUUUAGGGUCUCAGGGGACAGGUGGGGAAGAUGGCAGAGUUAGAUGGGGCUGGGGGGGUGGGGGGGUGCCAGGAGAAGGAAGGUUGAAGGGGAGACUAGAUGUUGGGGGAACUGUGCUGGGAAGAGCUGCGUCGGAAGUGUCCACAGUAACCCGUGGGGGAGGAGAACACCCCAGGCCUGGCUGUCGCAGCUGCCUGCUGGAAAAGGGGGGCCUGACCUCUAGGAGGGCGCCGCUCCUGUACAGAGGGUUGUGAACCCGCCUGGGGAUGAGGCCUGGUGUUGUGGAAACUGAUCUUAGCUUCGCGGGGCUGACAGUUCUGGCCCAGGGCGGUGGCAGUGCACCCCUUUGGACUUUUCCUCUAGGUUCCAUGCUUACCUCUUCUGUGACCUCACUCUACCCUUCCUCCUCCCUCUUAACUCUCUCGAGGUUACCCCUUCACUUAAAACGUUGCUUCUGGUAAUCUGGUAAGCCGGGAAAGUUGCUGGAGUCCCUGCCGGAGUCGGUAUUGUCGGUAAUCCCGAAGGAGGAGAGGCGUCCCCAGCGGAGACUCUGGGUGGGCGGGUUGGUCUUGCUUGCCGGUGGAGAGGGUGGGGAUGGAAGGUGCACCCUUGGGUGGGCCCACAGCGAUGGUACCAGCUGAAAGGUACAGAAAUGCUUCAUAGACUGUGGUCUGUUACUGCAGUGUUCAUCAUGGCAAGCCGGUGGCACCAGGAGAAAUGGAGCCCCUGGCCAGUGUGAGUCGUAGCCGUGCAGGAGGGGAGACCCUGGAGGAGGAGAGAGCCCGCCUAAAUUGAUGUCUACAGAUUGAAUUUCCAGAGGCUUAGGAGGAGGAGUUCUCCAAUGUCCUGUUUCCAGGCCUUGCUCAGGAAGCCCUGUAUUCAUUCAGGAGACCACCCUGUAAGGUUUUCAGAUGAGCUUACGAGGGGGCAAUCUUUAAAAGUCCAAAGCAGAUGCAUCCGGGGCCUUCAGCAGAUGCGUUGCUUUGAGUGUGUAAUCCGGGAGCAGCGAUCUCUGGGCACGUGAAUGCCAGCAGGCGCCUCUCCUGUUCGGGGUGGAGGUUUUCAGAUGCUGCAUCUUCUCAAUUCAGCCUCCUGUUGUACUAGUUCUGUGCUACGCACCUUGCUCCCGGAGGACUCGUCAGCUGUAGAACAUUUUAACGCGAUGCCACAACACAGAGUGCUGCCUUGUAGACGGAGCUCGCAGAUGCAUCCCCGUGCCCCUCUCAUCUACCCGCCCGCCUUCCUGCGCAUUGGUCAGAGGAAUUCUUAGUGUGAUGAUAUAAUCUGUGUGUUAGGAAAGUGUUCAAGAUUGAAUGCCUUAGGCAAAUACUUAAAUGAGCCAACUGGCAAAUUGAGGGGGUCAUUGUACUGUGCUGGAGGUACGGGUUGGUCACGCCCCAAUUGUGAUAGAAACGGCAGGUCUAGUUUGGGCAUUCCUACUAAGAAGGGAGUGGUCAGGAUACCGGUAGUGAUCUUUGAUUCAUCUUGCUCUUUGUGUUUUUUAACUUCAGUUUUACUUGAUCAGAUUUGAGAGUAAUCUUAGUGUUCAAAUGGGAGGACCCUGAGGUGAGGGGUGGUGGGGAGGGAAAAGCCUGCCGCAGGUGCUGGGAGGGGUGGGAGGGGUGGGCGUGAAGAAAGGGAGAAGGGGGGAGGGUUGUGGUUAGGUGUGGGUUGCAGAGGGUGGGAGUGGUAGGGAAUGUGGGUUGAAGGGAAUUCUCUGGAGAAAAGAUCAGUAGACAGAGCUCUGGGGAAUUAUAUAGAGCUCAUGGGCAAAGAAAUUACUAGUUAAUAGUAAAUUGUUAAUGCUAGUUAAAUUAUCGCUUGUAAGCACAGAAAACAGUUGCUUAGAAACUUUCUAAAAUGCUUAAAACUCUGCUAAGUGCAGGGGGAAAAGCAAAACUGCUUUGCUGCAAGAUGGGGAAGACGGAAAAGGUAACUGAAGACCUGGUUAUUGGUGGCUUGAAAGAUGGCUGUCAGAAACUUGCAUCAGCAGGUUAGCAUCCUUCACUGCUUUCAAGCUUCUUACGUGGUUCAUCUGGAGAUGUGUGGUAUUUGGGAGAGGUCUUGGAAAAGACUUUAAAUACCCAUGUUGUGGGCUUUUAAAGUAAGCUUGAGAUUUUGGAGUGCACUUAAGAUGGUGAGAUGUACUCUUCUGGGUUUGCAACGUUGUUUUUCACUGAGGUUUUGCAGUUGAAAACUUGAGCAAAGUGAAAAUGCAAUGAAUUCUAAAGCAAUUUUGUGUUACUUCCUGCCUUAUAAGCACAUCUCUUCUUUGUGAUGAGUGUUCAUUAGAAACAGCAAGAGUUUUUACUUUUCGUCGUCAUUGUAACAAGGAGAACCUAAUGACUUUGUGAUCACUGUGAAAUUACUGUCAUAUUUGGGAGCAAACAAUCCAUGUAGGCUUGCCAAGGUUACAGUUAGUAAUCCACUGUCUCUUUAGCUUGAACGUUUGUGUUUUUUAAGUGAUAACCGUAUUAGAGGGGAAACUAGCAGCCAAACUCAGUUUGGGAAAUAAGCAAAACGGGGGAUGGGGAGGUGCUUUAGUACUAGAUUAUGGUGUGUUUGUGAGAAUUCAGGGAACGGUCCGAAUCCUUUGUGAUAAAGUAAUACCAGUGGCUUUUUUAUCUUGUCCCUCUUCCCAUUGAAUUUCACUUUGAAAAUUUUAAAU